UUCAGCGAAGACAAAAACAACGCUCGCUCCAAUUUACCGGCGUGACAGUUGAACAACAACAAUCAAGCUUCCGGUUUUUCCCCAUUCUUACUAGAGAGUUCACUAGCAUGAUCUUGUGAGCGUAAAAUCAACAAGUUUAUGUAUAAUAUAUUUACGUGUACGCUAGGUACAUUUUAUUAUUUUGUUUUGUCGUGGAAUAAGAGCACCGAAAGAGCUAUUACUGACUUUGAUACACCGCUUUAUUUGACCAUUACACUGCGGGCAACUUCCAAUACGGGUUAUUAUGAGCGAAGGAGAGGUAUUCCAUGAGAAGCAGCGACUGGAGUUGUGCGCCAUUCAUGCUCUGAACAACGUUCUGCAAGAACAAGUGUUCACCAAGGAGACGGCAGAUGACAUCUGCAAGCGGCUCGCUCCACAGUGUGUGGUGAACCCUCACCGCUCGAUGCUGGGCACAGGCAACUAUGACGUCAACGUCAUCAUGGCUGCCCUACAGAGCAGAGAGUUGGCUGCAGUAUGGUGGGACAAACGCAGAACAGUACAGAGUCUCUGUGUUGACAAGGUCCAGGGGUUCAUCCUGAACGUUCCGUCACGUGUCUCUCUUGGAAUUGUGUCCCUCCCCGUCAAGCGGCGGCACUGGCUUGCAGUGCGCCAGGUUAAUGGACACUACUACAACCUCGACUCCAAACUAAAGAGUCCUGUCUGCAUUGGGAACGAAGCAGAUCUCCGUACAUUUCUCAGUGAAGUUCUGUCUCCGGACGUGGCAGAGAUGCUCCUGGUUGUGAGGAGGGACGUGGAGGAGUACGGAACCUGGCUGAACUCUGAUGACCUCAGGAACUGAUUCCUCUGGCCUGGGCAUUCCUUCAUUCAUUCAGCAUGGGACUCAAAACUCCUGCUCUACUCUGGAAAAACAAAUAACAUUUUAGAAAACAAGAGGCGCUUAACAAAAAGUACAUAUUUCAGGAAAUGCAUUACCGGUUGCUGAGGAGUGUGGGCACUCUUAGACACGAAGUGCCAAAGAUCAUUUAAGAUGACGAGGGAUUUCUGUCCCAAAUUACUCGUUUGUAACAGUUUACUGACUGUUUGGAUUUCUACACUACAGCUGCAUCUAUAUAUUUUUCCUUCCUUCUUCCUAUGCACUGCACUGUCGAGGUAGAUCAGUUAGAACUAGUUUCUUUGUUAUUCUAUGCACUGAGGUAGAUCCGUUAGAACUAGUUUGUCUUUGUUAUUCUAUGCAAAGAGGAGGUACAGAGGCGGCACUGGAUGUCGUGUUGACAACUGACUGUGUGAAAAUAAUGCUUCUGUUUGUUCUGUCUACAUCUAACUAUGCAUAUCCGAGUGAAUGGGAGCAUUGUCUUUCUGUUACACGCGCUCAAACUACACACACAGUCAGAGGAUAUAAAGAAAAUGUUAUUUAUAUGUAA